UGGUUUCUCUCAUUUUUUAUUAGCUUUCUUUUACUGCCCCUGUUGAAUCUUAUACUCGUUUCUUGGUACUUCUCUGUUCAGGAAAGUAGAACGCAAUCCUUGUUUGAGUCUUUGGGUGACUUGAAGAUUGAGUUUUGGGUGGUGGGUCUUCUUUUUAGUGUUUAAAAAGAUCUAAUUUGAGCUUGGGGAAUUAUUUUUUGGUGGUAAUAUGGACGAGGUUGAAGAAGCUAACAAGGCAGCAGUAGAGAACUGCCAUAGAGUUUUGAGUAUUUUGUCUCAGCCUCAAGAUCAAGUUCAUUACAGGAAUUUAAUGGCUGAAACUGGGGAAGCUGUUUUUAGGUUCAAAAGAGUAGUUUCUCUUUUAAAUUCUGGUUUGGGACAUGCAAGAGUGAGGAAGCAGAGGAAAUUACAAACCCCUUUUCCUCAUAGCAUCCUUUUGGACAAUCAACGCCACAAGCCACCAGAUUGUCCAUCCAAGGAUUUGCAACUCGGUUUUCAUGAAAACUCAGUUCAGGAAGUGAGUUCACAUGCCAAGAGUUCUCUGUAUUCUGGAAACCCAUCUUUGGAACUGAGUUCAAAUGGGGAAACCCCUUUUCAUCUCGCCCAACAGGCACCACCCGGCCACUAUAAUUUCCUCCAACAACAACAACAGCAACAGUUGCAACAAAGGUUACAGCUCCAACGGCAACAUCAAAUGAAGCUUCAAGCUGAGAUGUUGUUAAGGAAGAGUAACAGCGGGAUUAACUUGAACUUUGAUAGCUCUAGCUGCACGCCUACCAUGUCCUCGACUAGGUCUUUCAUCUCUUCCCUUAGUAUUGAUGGAAGUGUAGCUAAUUUCCACAAAGGGAACGCCUUCCAUUUGAUCGGGGCACCUCGAGCCUCGGAUCAGGGUUCUCAACACAAGAAGAAGUGCUCGGGCAAGGGAGAUGAUGGGAGAAUCAAAUGUGGCAGUAGUGGUAAAUGCCAUUGCUCGAAAAAGAGGAAGCAUAGAAUAAAGAGAUCAAUCAAGGUGCCUGCUAUCAGUAACAAGCUUGCUGAUAUUCCUACUGAUGAUUAUUCGUGGAGGAAAUACGGACAGAAGCCGAUUAAGGGUUCUCCUCACCCUAGGGGAUAUUAUAAAUGCAGCAGUAUGAGAGGUUGCCCAGCAAGGAAGCAUGUGGAGAGGUGCUUGGAGGAGCCGUCGACGCUUAUUGUUACCUAUGAAGGUGAGCAUAACCACCCAAAGUUACCAUCGCAAACGAUGACCUAAUCUCGGUGGAAACUCUGCUAAAGAAUUCUUCAUGUCUUCAAUGUUCAAUCAACUAUGGUGGAAACUCUGGUAAAGACAUGUCUUCAACCUUCAAUCAACUAAGGUCGGCUCGACUCAGUCAUGUACAUUUUUUUUGCAUAUCUGAACAGUUUUUUCCCUCCCUUUUAUUUGGGGUGGGGAUUGGAGAGUUGGACUGGGAAGCCUUUUUAACAAUUUAGAAGCAGGCAUCAAGCUUAAUGCUGAACCAAAAGUGGGUUUAAAGUGUAAAGAACUAUUUCAUCUUCCAUGGCAAUGAAAAAAGGGUUGAACCUUUUGAAUUAAAUGAGAUGCCAUUGGUG